CUUCCUCCUCCUCUUCCUCCUCCCUCUCCUACCUGUGGUGGAAAUCGGCCCAUCUGGGCCUCUUGUUCUCCCCACCCCCGGCGGCUGCGCAGCCGUUUUGGCUCAGGCCGCCCCGGGCCCGGGGUCUGUUUGGCCCGGGCGGGGGGGCGCCGGCUGGGGCGGGGCCGGGCGGGGGCCGCCCGAAGCUGGCGCGGCCCGCUUCCCCCCCAAGACCCAGUCAUCCGACGCGUCGUGAUUUUAUCGCGCAGCUGCUGGAAGGCCUCCCGAGGCAGGAGGACCUGAGCGAACGGACUUGCCAAAAACCUUCCGUCGCGAUUUUGUUGCACGACGCGAGGAUGUCAAAGGGCCCACGCAGCGGCCGAGACAUGCCGCUGUGCGUCGGGGCGGGCGCCGCGGCGGCGGGCGGCAGGCCCAUGCUCAGGCUCAGGUCGGACCCGUGCCUCGGGCGCCCGGGGCCCGGCGCCCGCCCGCCCUGCCCGGAGCAGCCGCCCCGGCCCAGGCGGGCGAGCACCGGCACCGUGGCCGCGCCGCCGGCGCCGAAGGCCCCGCCGCGCCCCGCCGCGCGCCGCCUGGCGCCCGGCGAGCCGCUCUCCCCGCCUGGCAGGGCGGCCGAGGCGCGCUCUCCGCGGCUGCGCGGCGGCCCCUCGCCGCGCUGCGGCGGCGAGUCGCCGCGCGGCGACUCGCCCUCCUUCGGCCGCCUCGCCACGCCGGCCUUCGUGUGGCCCAGGGAGCCGGCGUGCCACUCCGCGCGGAGCGCGGCGUCGACCACCGCGAGCGGCAGCUGCGCCAGCUGCGUCAGCUGCGCCAGCGCGGCCUCCAGCCCAGGCCCAGGCAGCAGCACCAGCAGCCCGGAGGCGCCGCGCGAGGUCUUCGCGGAGGCUGAGCCUGCGCUGCGCUCGGCACGGGCGGGACCCUGCGGCGGGCGGCCCCCGGCCGGGGCCGCCGCGGGCGGCCAGAGCCGCGGGCUGGGGCCGUUCCUGGGCGGCGCGGCGCCGCGGAGGGCCGGCCCGCCCCGGCGGCGCGGCUGCGACAUGCCAGGCAUGGCGCCGCUGCGCGCGCUGUGCGCGGAGCGCUCGUGCCUGAAGCAGCGCGUGGGGGCCGAGGAGCGCGCCGCAGUCUUCGAGGGCUCCGUGCUGCUGCGCCUGGAGGAGAUACGGCUCCUCGGCCGCCGCGCGGCGCGCUGAGAGUUCUUUUUUCGGGGCCUUGUGGUGCCACGGGCGCGCAAAGGCGGCCCGCGAUCCUCCUCGGCACCCGCGGCUCGCCCUGAUCGGCCUGGCUGAGACGGGCGACGUCGUUCGUCUU